UCGAAGAUUUGGACAUCUAAUUCCACACCCUAUCCUUGUCAAGCCGAUAUACCACCUUUAUAGUCCUUGCUUUUUAUCAAAGAAUUCACUCGACAAACGGUCCAUCUUUCGUGCGACCCAUCGCGUCCAGCACUCAAUAUUGAGACCAUCAGCGCCCACACUCCCCUAUCUUAUUUCGUCUACCUUCAAAUCAUUUUUUUCUCCUCUAGAUACCAUAACCAGCUCUACCUACAAAGAUGGCGAUAAAUAACCUCAUCAACAAGUUGGCGCAAUCCACGGCCCCAAGCAAAGACCACCUUUUCAAGUCUCUAGAAUUUGCCAACUCCCAGGCGAUGGCUGAUACUCGAAAUGAGAAUACCGAUAAUAUCAAGCUUGCCACACCCCUGACCGGCCUGAUCUCGGACACGAGGGAGAUCUCCAACAUCCACCCGAACGGCGAUAACCGUGGAAAGCCUAAGACGCUCAAGCGCCCUGCUGAUACCAUGGCGGAGCCUGAUUAUCCUAGGAAAAGGGCUCGAACUAUGGGUCCCGAUUCCCAGGUGGAGGUUGGCAACCAACAGUAUCCAGUGGAUACAACUGUGGGGUCUACUGAGGCCGACACGAAGAGUUGGACCCCAGCUGCACUGACCGAGGCCGAGGCUCAACAGAAUGAGGAUACUAUCCAGACCCGGAACAACACUGAGAGGCAUGCUUUAGAUCCCACAGCGGAGUCUGGCACUUUUAUUCUGAACACCAUGACGGGCGAGACACGGCCAACAGAAAACAUUCCCGCAAAAGCAAAUAUACAGGCGACUGCGGAACAACACUUUAUGUCCAACUCUAUUCCAACUACAUCUAUUCCUCCUUUAGACACGACAGCGGAAUCCCCCAUCGACGCUUGGAAGGAUACGACGGGUGAGACGGACAUCCAAGAAAACACCCAUGAAGAAGCAAAUAUACCGACUGCGACACAGCACUCUACUUCGAACGCUAUUUCACCAACCAGUGACACUAGUUCUCCAAAUACGACGGUGGAUCCCCACGAGAAAGAUAUGAUGUCAGACAGGCAGGCAAAACAAAGCACCCAGGCAGAAGCAAAUAUAAAGGGGUCAGCGGAAGAGCAACCUCCUUCCAACUCUAUCUCGACUACAACAGAUGCUCCCCCAGACACGAAGACUUUCCCUUAUACCGAUCAAUUUUUUGCGGACCUGGCGAGUACAGUCACACAGUUAUUCCCAUUGAAGGCGUUUGCUGCCUCCCAUGAUUGCAGCAUCAGUGCAGUAUCUCAGGCCAUCAAUGCCGUGAUUGUCGGUCCUCUGUCCGAUCCAGACUUCCACUGGCAUGAGGACACUAAGAUCACCAUCUCUACAUUUGGGAGGCAUAUGAUUGACUCCUGGGAGGAGUAUUGCCGCGAACAGGCUCGCAAGAAGCCAACGCUUGUCCCUGCUCUGAGUAGGAGGCCACCUGCAUCGGCAAAUGGUAAACCGAAGAAGCAUGUCCGGUUUGACAUUCCCGACGAUCCGGCGGGUGACUUGUCUCAUAUGUAAUGGAGACAUUUUACAUGUGGGAGACAUAUGAGACUGUAAGUAUGGGUGUUGAAAUACCAAAGAGGUACUACUGGAUGGAGAGAACCCGAUGGAACGCGGGGGAAAGUGGGGUGGGUACCGGUUGGAAGAUGAGGAUAAUCUACGAUAAGCAGCGCACGAUAUUUGGGCCACAAAACACCAGAACGACCCUAGCGAC